CCCUAGCUCAAAUCCCAUCGCACCCCUCCUCCCUCGCCGCCGCACCCAAACCCUAACUCCACUCCCCUCUCUUCCCCGAUUCAGAUGCACUCCUCGCAGCCGCCACCUACCUCCCGCCCCGAUUCAGCCGAUCUCGCCGCCAGUGCCCGCGCGCCACCACCCGCUCCUCCUCGCCUUCCAGAUCGCGCCGCCACCUCCCUCCCCAUCCCCUCCUGGAUCUCUCCCUUGGUGAGCCACCGGCGAGCCCCUCUGCUGCCCGCGCAUGCACAACCUCGCCUCCUGCUGCUCUCCAUCGACCCCUUCCGCGUGCUCGCCGUCAUCGCCUCCCUUCGCCGCAUCGACCCCAAGGUGCUGGCGCAGGCGACCAGGAAGCUGUUCCAGGGUGAGCCGAUGAAGAGGCGGAAGGGAAUUUGGAUCGAUAUCAACAACUACGAGGAGAGGGAGGAGAGCGAGAGGGGCAGCGUGGUGGCCAGCAAAGGGAGCACCAUCACGGGAGCUGCGUCCUCCCGGUCCACGGCCACGUCGGGGAGAUGCCGCCGACCUCCGCUGGCGAGCGACGGCUAUGAGAGUCUGGUGCGGAGGGCGGACUCGAUCAUGAAGUCGCUCUCGUGGUCCAAGGCGGCGCCGGUCACGGAGACGGCCAUCCGCGCCCCCGUCGGCGACAACGCUGUAACUAGCAAGGCUCUGCGCUGGUUGCUGAAGCAGAAGAGAGGGUUGCGUCGUGCGGGCACUGGUGGCCGCCCGGAUCCGUAUGUGUACAUGGCGCCGCCGGAUUCGAGGGUGGAGCCCGAGCCUCCACUGGAGCAUGGAUCAGACGUGCAGGAGGUGGAGCUCCGCAUGGAUCACGACGUGGUCGUCGUGGGGGCCUGGAUCAUCAAGUACGCAAGCGGCGUCGGGGGCGGUGCAAUGCCAGCUGCUGGACAUAGUUCACCCUGGGUUGGUGCUGAUGCACAAGGUGAAUUUCGAUGCCAAGACGGAGUACGACAUGAUCCAGAACUACAGGAUUCUCCUGGAUGUGUUCAACAAGUUGCAGAUAGGCAAGGUAUGGGUGGUGAUUCUCCUGGCUUAGGUCUCUACCCGUGGAUUUAUCCGUGAUUGUGUCUUGCAUUUUGUCAUCUGGGAAAGCAAAUGUGAUCUGUCUGUACAGUAGUUCGGUUUAUAUAUGCGGUGUGUGGGGAUUCAAUCUAGAACAGUUGUGUGUGAUUGAUGUCAGCAUGUGGUAUAGCCACAAGGUGAUUUGAUAACUGACUAAAUUUGUUGUGCAGUAUUGAAGUUAUGCUCAUUGCUGUGUACAGUACUAAACUUGUACAAUUCUUGUCUUGUUUCCACACAACAUUAAGAUUAGAGUCGUGCUUUCUGAAUGUUGAGCCGAUUUUUAUGGCCUGUGUGCUAGCAAACUGAGCUAAGGGUGCUUCAUCUUUGUCCUUCAGCUUCUAUUCUUAUGACAAUUAAAUAGAGGAUCUAUUUUGCUCCCUGCUCUGAUUGGUUUCAAUCGAUAUUUAUCUCAUCCAGCACUCUGAGUAUCAAUGUGUUGUUUUAAUCCUGAUGAUGACGUGGUAGUAUGAAGUGGACACCAUAUUCCUGUUUAAAUGCACAAGGAAUAAUUUGUUUCAUCAUGUCCUGGUUUAUCCAUGCCAGAUUUGUUGCUUCCGGAACUCUUGGUCCUUCAUAUCUAAAGUUUACAUGUACUAUAGAAGCUCUACUUUAUGCUAAUACCUGCUUGUGUAACAUUUUGCAUGGUAUACUUCUAAAUGGACAAGUACAUGCGGCGUCCAUCAUCAACGAUGAUGCGGACUGAUGUUCAACUGCAGAACCAUCCAUCAUAUCAACACAAAGUCAGAUGUUUUGCAAAAGAGUUUUGCAAAAGGAAGAAGCAGUACUUGAAGAAGCAGAUUACAAUGUUUUCUCGUCGUGAAGCACUAGAUAGACUUGUUCUAUUUAUUUUUCCUGUUCUGGAGUAUUCCAGCACCUGAAUGCUUGACUACAACAUGUCGUAGGUUGCUUGGAUCUGUAUAAUAUACAUAUGUGAUGGAAAUUUGUAGAAUGUGUGUUCUGAGAUAUUUCCGUAAUAUUCAGCUAAUUCGUGGUAA